CCGAUCAAUACCUAGUCGCGACAUCCGAAGAUUAGCUCUAUCGCAUAAUCAAUCAGCCGUCGCCACGAUGGAUCGUCUGACCUCCUGGAACUUGAUGCGUGAUACUUUUUUUGCCUUCGAUCCCGAUUGGGGAGAUUGGAACAAAAGCCAAACCACCCUUCUGUCAAGCUUAUUUAUACCACGGUCGCAUCCAGAGGCAUUUCUUUCACGUCUCUCACCUUGGUCUUUAUCCACGCCUGAACUCAAGGCUCGCCAGCCCGACACCCCUCGACGUGAAUAUCAGUCUAGUAUUCAAAGACAAUGUCGGACCAGAUCAAGGAUGAGAAGUCGUCAGCGAACGUCGCCGACGGGGGGGUUCUGAAAGAGAAGCAGUCUGCCUUUUCGGCGGCACGUGGCUCCUUGGAUGAACUCCCCCUGCCCGAGAGUGUGGAUGCUUCCCUUCUGGCGACAGACGGCGACCUCAUUGAGGCCCGCGCCAUUGCGGCUCGUAUGACGAAUGACGAGGUGAAAAGCAUUCUGCUCGAUGUGGUCAAGAUCCACAACGACGACCCAAACUUCCCAUUCCCAGUUCUCGAAAAGAUUCGAGGCUUUAUCGCCAACCCUGCCGUCUUUGAGAACCCCGAGAAACACGAGGAGCUUUUCGCCGAGAUGAAGCUCGAAGCGGCGCUCAUUACCAACAACAGCCCCUACUCUGAGGUGCGCGCCGUGGUCGACAAUCACGACGACCCUUCCCUGCCCGUCUCGACUGUCCGGGCUUGGGUAAUCGGCAUGAUAUUCUCGGUGCUGCUUGCCUUUAUCAACCAGCUCUUCUCUAUCCGCCAGCCUAGCAUUUUGGUCGCCUCCAAUGUGGCUCAGAUUCUAAGUUACCCAUUGGGAAAGCUGUGGGAGAAGGUGAUGCCUGAUUACGGUGUAAACAUGUUUGGCUCUCGGAUUAGUCUCAACCCAGGACCGUUCAACAAAAAGGAGCACAUGUUGAUCACAAUCAUGGCUAAUGUCGCUUAUUCUACCCCAUACACCAACAACAUCAUCUGGGCUCAGUACUUGCCUACAUUCUUCAAUCAGCAUUACGCCGGACAGUUCAGCUACCAAAUUCUGAUCGGCUUAUCGACCAACUUCAUCGGAUACGGUAUCGCCGGGUUGACUCGACGGUUCCUGGUCUAUCCAUCGUUCUGUGUCUGGCCGUCGUCCCUAGUAACGAUUGCACUCAACACAGCGUUCCAUGACGACAACAGCACGCCCGUCAAAGCGCCCUUCCGCAAGAUGAUCAGCAUGAGCAGAUACAGGUUCUUCUUGUACGCCUUUUCCGCCAUGUUUAUCUACUUUUGGUUUCCCGACUUCAUCUUCCAGGCCCUCUCCAUCUUUAGCUGGCUGUCCUGGAUCGCACCGGACAAUGUUAACCUGAACGCCGUCGUGGGCUUCAACAACGGCUUGGGCAUCAACCCCUGGCCGACAUUCGACUGGAACACGCUCCUUUACAACAGCCUCGACCCGCUCAUGAUACCCUUCUUCUCGACUCUCAACAUGACCAUCGGCAUGGCCGUGUCCACCAUCACCGCCCUGGGCCUGUGGUACACCAAUGCUUGGAACACGGGACACUUGCCCAUCAACUCCAACGGCGUCUUCGACAACACGGGCAGUCGUUUCAACGUGACCCGGGUGAUUGAUAGCCGCGGCAUCUUCGACUCAGCCAAGUACACGUCGUACUCGAUGGCAUACCUUGCAGCUGGAAACAUCUGCGUGUACAUUUUCUUCUUUGCAAUCUACCCGGCCACCGUUGUCUAUAUCGGCCUCUACCACCGAUAUGAGAUCACAAUGGGCUUCAAAAGUCUGUGGAAGUCUUUUAAGCCCAAGAAGAAGGACGAGAACGGCAACGCCAUCAUUGAACCCUUGGGGUCCGACGUGCACAACCGCCUGAUGAGUGCCUACAAGGAGGCGCCCGAAUGGUGGUACAUGUCGCUCUUGGUCAUUUCCAUCGCCCUGGGCAUUGGCGGCAUCGCCGGUUACGAAACCUUCACCACUCCCGGCGUCAUCUUCUACGGCCUGGCGCUCUGCUUAAUCUUUGUCGUACCCUGCGGUAUUGUGGCUGCGAUGACCGGGGCUCAGGUUACGCUCAACGUCCUCGCAGAGUUUAUCGGCGGCUCCUGGGUCGAGGGCAACGCCCUGGCCAUGAACUUCUUCAAAUGCUACGGCUACGUGACCUGCGCGCAUGCCCUCGCCUUCGCCAACGAUCUCAAGCUGGCCCACUACGUCAAGAUCCCGCCGCGCACCACCUUCAUCGCCCAGGUUGUCGCCACCCUCGUGUCGACCUUUGUCUGCACCGGCGUGCUCAACUUCCAAAUGAACAUGAUCCCCGGCGUAUGCACCCCCGACGCGCCCAACCGCUUCACCUGCCCGGGUAUCAACACCUUCUUCACGGCCUCUGUGCUGUGGGGAACCAUCGGGCCCAAGAAGGUGUUUGGCAGCGGCGGGCAGUACACGGCCGCCCUCGUCGGCUUCCCAAUCGGCGCCGCCCUGCCCUUCAUCUUUUGGGCCCUGCAGCGCAAGUACCGCGGGAGCCGCUGGCUGCGGCAGGUCCACCCCGUCGCCAUGCUGUACGGAUCUCUGAGCUUGUCCCCUUACAACCUCAGUUACCAGUGGCCUGCUGUGCCCAUCGCGUGGCUGUCGUGGAUCUACAUCAAGCAGAGGUACUUGGCCCUUUGGUCAAAGUACAACUUUGUCCUGUCGGGCGCCUUUUCGAGCGGAGUUGCUGUCGCCGCCAUCAUCAUCUUUUUCGCCUUGCAAUGGGGCGGCGAUAUUUCGCUCGACUGGUGGGGGAACCAGGUUGUCUCGCAGGGUUGCGAGGCUAGUGCUUGCGUCAGGCUACCUCUGGCAAAAGGGGAGACUUUUGGGCCGCCUGCUGGUUCCUGGAGCUAGUUGAUAGUCAAUUAGAACUAGAACUAGUUAUUUAAUUGAGUUUCGCAUCUCUGGCG